AGUAGUCAAGUUGUAUGUAUGUAAUUAACUUUUCAAAUUGUGUUUCUUUUUUUGUUUUUAAAAGAGAAAUCACAAGAAAGUAAUAAGAAAAAUAGAAAAUUAAAAAUAGAAGUUGAAAGAGUAGUAGCAACCGAUUGAUUAGUCUUCUUUGUCCUCAACGACGACUUCAACUGUUUCUCCUCCAACAUUCUCUCUUCCUUCUUUCAGAUAAAUAUUAAAACCACAGAAUCAAAGAAAUAUAUCUCCUACCUAAUGAGUUCCAAUAGACGUUGGAGAUUCAAUCUCCCAAUCAUCAUCUUCCUCACCUAUCUUCCUCUGAAACUCAACUCCCAAGAGAUUGCAGAAGUCUUUGAUUCUUCUCAAGAGAAUUCAUUAAUCCAGUCCAGAGUUAAUGGGAACCGUCGCAUCCUGAUUGAUGCACCUUUUCCUGGCAAAGGCCCUGCCCUUGAUGCCUCCCCGCCAUCCCCUGAAUCCGCAACCUUCAGAGAUCCCGUGCUGCCUCCACCACCACCACCACCAGAAGGCGACGAAACCCCGAGCCCUCCUCAAAGUGGUGUGCCAGCACAAACACCAGAGACGACCCCACCUGCUAUUACUCCCCUGCCUGUGCCUUCGGCUCCAUCUCCGUCUCAGUCUCAGUCUCCUCCUCCAAGAACUAAAAAAAAGUCUACCAAGGUUUUUAUGAUCGUCGGCAUAGUCGUUGGCGUAUUCACUGUGUCGGGGGCAUUAGUCAUCUUCUUUCUUAUCUUCAGUCGAAAGAUUCCAAUCAAGCCUUGGACCAACAGUGGCCAGCUUCAAGGUGCUCUUAUCACAGAUGUUCCGAGGAUGCAGCUGUCUGAGCUACAAGCAGCCUGCGAAGAUUUCAGUAACGUCAUCGGCUCUUUCUCAGACGGUACCAUUUAUAAAGGAACUUUAUCCACUGGUGCUGAAAUCGCCGUUGUGUCUGCCGGGGCUGGUUCUCGUGCAGCCUGGUCCACCGCCAUGGAAACACAGUUGCUACAAAAGAUGCAUAAGUUAUCCAAAGUGGAUCACAAGAAUUUUCUGAAUGUGAUCGGUUAUUGCCAUGAGGAAGAGCCCUUCAGCCGAAUGCUUGUUUUCGAAUACGCUCCCAAUGGAUGCCUCUCCGAGCAUCUGCACUCUCAACACGCGGAGCACUUGGACUGGCCUUCCAGACUCAGAAUCCUCAUGGGAAUAGCUUACUGUCUAGAGCACAUGCACAAUCUCAACCCACCCAUCUUGCACACCAGUUUGGACUCCUCUUCUGUCUACUUAACUGAAGACAACGCCGCCAAAGUCUCCGACUUUUCUGUAAUCAAUUCCAUUUUUCCCUCUCAGGAGAGUUCCUCGAGCAAGAAUCUUCUAGAAUGCUCAUUACUUGAUCCCCAGACAAAUGUCUUUAAUUUUGGUGCUGUUGUGUUCGAAAUCAUCAGUGCACAGUUACCAGACCCGGAUUCUUUGUUUCUCGAACCAAAACCUGCAAGAGAUAUUGUGGAUCCGACCCUGGAAACGUUUCAGGAGGAUACUGUUGAGAGACUGUUGGAGGUGGUUAGGCAGUGUAUGAAUCCAUACUCAGCUCAGCGACCAACAAUGAGAGAGGUUGUGGUGAAGUUGAGAGAGAUAACUGGAAUAGAAGCUGACGCAGCAAUGCCAAGGCUAUCUCCACGGUGGUGGACGGAGCUGGAGAUCAUAUCCACAGAAGGAAACUAAAGAGAAUGGAGCCGUCCUUUUAGGUGUCCCCUGUAUAUACACAAAAAUGACACGUUGAAGUGAUGAUCAUCUUUAUCUUCCUCUGCAUUAAAAGACUAAAUACUGUAUAUAAUAAACAGUUGGCUUUGCAUAGAAACCAUUGGUAAGAUUAAUAAUAAAUGAUAGUUUCUUUAAAGCA